AUGAUUGAACCCGAACAUAAUCAGCACCAUGAUCCUGGGACAAGCUACGAGGAGCCAGUGGAAUUUUUGGAAGACAAUAUAUUGGGAAUAGGAAAUAAUAACGGAAUGAUGAUGGCAGGGCAUCCGAAUUGCUCUACGACGUUAAACAAUCCAUGGAUGGCUAGUACAGGGACAAAUACCCAGGUUGCCCAACUGUAUUUGUCGUACCCAUUGAAUGGCGGAUACGGCGGAAACAUGUACCGUGGUAAUGACAGGAUGGCACAAGAGACCGUCGGGGUUUCGGGAAAUUUGGAUGAUGAAGUGGUUGGUAAUGGAACGUAUAUGGAUCCGGCGAUUGAUCUUUCAGGAUACAACUACAAUCCGGAGGCGGUUAAUACGACUAGCCAAUACGCACAAAAUCUGUUCCUUCCGUUCAACUCAACAUCGUCGUUGAAUUCCAUGAAUUCUACUGGCGCCAUAAAUACAUAUACAUCAGCAUCAACAUUGGGGUCAGAAGGCUAUUCAGCCCCAGGUGGACCAAUGGCCCCGGGAGGGUCUACGACACCAGGGUACCCAUCUCCUGUAUCGCAUCGUCAAUCACCAUUACAGACACAGCAAAAGCAGCCUAAAUUGAAGGUUAAGACAGAAAAGACCGACACAAAAAAACGAUACAGGAUCAUCAGAGGUGUUUCGGCAGGAGGUUGCUCCACUAGACCACCGAAAUACCUCGUAGACUCCAACGCUUUAUAUUUACCAAUCGAGUUGCAUGUUAAUGGCGCAUCAUUUGAAGAGAUAUGCUUUCCUGUUUGGAGUGCAUCUGAAAAAGAGGAUCGUCGUCGGAUUAUCCGUAUCGAAAGGGUUCAGAAUGGGCACAAAUUGCUGGCCAAUUUUUCUAUUGUAGGAGCAGCCAACGAAAAUCCUAUAACGUUACCACCACCGCCAGAUACUGAUGUCAUUGAGGUGUCUUGCUUGGAAUGUACUACUAUUUCAAAUGAGACUGAUGAUCAAAGCGCCAGCGAUGAAGAUCUGGCUGUGCCCAUCCAGGGAAUGCACGAUGGCAAAUACAACCAGUACUAUAUUACAUCAGUAGAAGUCAUUGAAAUCGUGGAAUUACUUAUUGGUACUCAAUCUAUGGAUGCAGCUGACAGAAGAAAGGAAAGAGGUAGGAUUAGAUCCAACUUGGUUCCCUUUUGGUCCAGAAAACCCAUUUCUUCCCGGAUGCCAGAUAACUCUUCAGCGCAUUCAUCUAAAUCACCAGGGUAUGCUGGUAUGGAUACCCGUCUCACUAAUCAGGACUAUCGAUUCGAAUUGGCUAAAAGGAUAAUGGCAUAUGAAAUCAGGAAACCUAGAGGCUUUGACAAAGAGGUGAGAAUUCUUAGAUGGGAUAAGUUGAUACCUGCCUUAAAAAGAGCAUUACAAACCUACUACACAGAGAUACCUAGUUCUGAUUCUUCUAUAGAUUUUUCUUAA